UUGACCAUGCCUUAAAGCACUAUAAAUUAACAUCCAAAUUUUUCCCUUACUUCAUAUACCUUUCUCCUUUACAUAUUUCGUUCACUUAUUUAGCUCUUUCAAAAUUCAAAAGAAAGAUGUCAAGUACUAUCACAAUUCCUACUUACUCUUUACUCGUACUUAUUUUGAUAUCCAUUUAUUUUGCUUUAGCAAAUGCAGACGCUCUAUGCGAUGAUGUGAAUUCAAAUUUAUUGAUACCAUGCCAAGGGUUCUUAAUGAGUGGAAACGAUUCCCCUAAUACUGCAUGUUGCAGUGGAGCACAAAUUAUUGACAAGCAAUUUCAUGAGUCUGGUUGCUCUGAUCGCGAAGCCAUCUGCUUAUGUCUCAAGAAUGCUGCACAAACUUUACCUAUAGAUCUUCAGAAAGCAGCAAAGUUCCCUGCCUUAUGCAACCUUGACUACAUAUCUAUCGACCCUAACGUUGAUUGCUCCAAGGAUUGAAGGACAAGUAUUGGAAUAUAAUCCCAUUAGAAGAAGUGAUAUAUAUAUAUACAAGUUUCCGUUAUAUGAUGGUUUUAAUAAAAGGACUCUAUAGCUACACUAUCCCAAUUAUAUUCAUGUUUUAUUUAAAAUUAUGUAACAUCUAUUUUGUGUUAAUGGAAAAAAGUCUUUUGCUUUAUACGCACAUUAAUAAUAAAAAAAUAUAUAUUCCAACCCAUAUCUACUCUUUAAUGUUUAUCUACUAUGUUUAGACGGCUUUUAUUUAUAUAGAUAAGAUAUAUGAAUAAUCAAUUUAACUAUUUGCUCUAAUUACUCUUUUUCUUUUUUUCUUAUGAAUUAUGAUAGGAUGAUAAUUAAAUGAAAGUUCCAAUAUGUUAAGUGAUUUUGACUUUUUUUGAAAUUGAUGUAUUUUGAUGCUUUCUUCCCUGAAGAGAAUAGGGAUGAUAUAUAUAAGCAAAUAUUCCUAAAGAAAUAAAUGAUAAAGUGUUAUCGCGAGAUAUUUAAAAAAUAAAUUAAAAUUUGAAAAAGUAAUUAUACAAAGACAGAUUUUGUAUAAACACGGUCAAUUUGAAAUGAGCAAGAGCUCUGUAUUUAUAGGAAAAUCUACUCCCAAUGAUAUCACCAGUGACAUCACAAAAAACACAAGGUUUCAACCUUUUCACCUAUGCAGAUUUCUUGGUAAGAGUUUAGUUGAAAAAAUAAAAUGGUGAGCUUUGGUUUGUUGCAACAUUAAUUGACUU